GCAGAGUGUUUCUCAGAAUACCUGUGUCAGUGGUGUUUGUGGGUCUGAGGUUGCCAUGUUGGGGGUCCCUGGGGCAGGAGGCGUUUCUGCUCGAAAGCAGUGGGUGCGCCACCCUGACUGUAUGCCCGCGGAGCUGACCACACUCGGACGAUUCGUGUUGCAGCGAGUUCUGGGGGAGGUAGCUCUGCCCGCCGAGCUCCCAAGGGGCUCAUCUGGAGGGCUGCUUCAGCCAGCCUCUGCUCCAGCGGUCUGUCGGCUCCUCCCCGAUUCCCUCCCCUCCCCCCCCCCCAACUCCCGAUUCCCAGCCUAGCGUGCUCCCGGAGCCCACCCCCUCUUUUGGGCGCGAGGCCCCGCCCCCCACCCCCUUUCCUCUGCCACAAAGUUUAUUUGCAACAAAAGGGAGCUAGGAGAGAGCAGCUCAGAGGGAGGGAGCGGGAGCAGAAGCUCAAGGAGAGGCAGGCCGGCCGGCUGAGGAGGGGGCGCAGAGCCGAGGAACUAAGCGUCGGGAUCCUGCCGGGACCGGGUUGGGUCGAGAUGCUCCGGGCCGCACCGGGCGAGGCGGGGGCUGGGCCCAGGAGUCGACGCUGAGGCGGGAGGGGUCGCGUGGGAUGGAGCCGAGGCGGCCCGCGCGCCCAGAAACUUGAGCCGCCGCAGCUAAACCUCUGCUUGGGUCUCUGCACCCUUACCCCGCUAAUUGCCUCGCACUGCGACUUGCGAGACCCCGGCCUUGGGACCCCGGCCGCUGCGCUUCUUCGGGACGGGGGCGCAGGGGGGGUUGGCCGCGGCUCCCCGAGGCCAGCCCCCCCAGAGUGAGUCCCGCCACCAUGGCGGACGGGGCGCCCCGGCCCCAGCUAUAUCGCAGCGUCUCGUUCAAGCUCCUGGAGCGCUGGAGCGGCGGGCCCGGGCAGAGGGAAGAGGCCACGGACGCUCCGGGACUGCGGCGCCGCUCCUCGUGCCGACCGGUCGCGGCCGUCCCGGCCCAGCCCUCCCGGCGCGUGUCCAAGCUGGCGUCGGGGCCCCCGGCCGCCCCCGCGCAGCCGCGCCCGCUCCGCAGCCUCUCGCCGUCGGUGCGCCAGCUCUCCCGGCGCUUCGACGCACAGCGUCUGGACGACAACUCCACCGGGGCCCGAGACGGGGGCGUUUCCCCGGCGGCAGCAGAAGAAGCGGCAGAGGGAGCCGCGCGCGGAGCCUGGCCCAGCGUCACGGAGAUGCGCAAGCUCUUCGGGGGCCCUGGCUCCAGGCGGCCCAGUGCCGACUCAGAGGCCUCGGGGACGCCCAGCCCUGACGGGGCCGCGUGGGAGCCCGCGACCCGGGAACCCCGACAGCCCCCGACGCCACCUCCUCGGACGUGCUUCCCUUUGGCGGGCCUGCGUUCGGCGCGGCCGCUGCCCGGCCCGGGGAUCGAGGGGAGGAGGCGGCGGCAGCAACUGGAGCGAGCGCAGCGUCCGGCGGAUGGUUUACAUUCUUGGCAUAGCUUCUCCCAACCGCAGGCCUGGGCCCGGGCCUCCUCCUCCUCCUCCUCCUCCAUCGUUUCCUCCUAUCCUGUCAGCCGCAGCCGGGCUGCCAGCUCCAGCGAGGAGGAAGAGGAGGGCCCGCCGCCGCCGCUGCCCGGGGCGCAGAGUCCGGCCUACCACGGCGGCCACUCCUCAGGCAGUGACGAGGACCAAGACGGUGAGGGUGGCCACUGCCGGGGAGGGAGGACGGGACCCAGGCCUGGAAGCUCCUCUUUGGAUAAGGACUGUAGGCCGGACAGUUAUGGGUUAAAUCCGAGCAGCAUGGACUCGGCAGGGGGAUCUGGGAGCCCCGAUCCUCCAACUCCUCCAAGAGCUCCUAGCGAGGAAGGACCCCAAGAGUGGGGUGCUGGCUCUUCCCCCUAUGUACCAGGCCCCCAGGAAGGACUUCGGCCCUUGUCAGACACUGUGGGGGGAACGUUCCGCGUGGCCAAGGUGAGCUUUCCCGCGUACCUGGCCAGCCCUGCAGGCUCCCGCGGUAGCAGCCGUUAUUCCAGCACAGAGACUCUCAAGGAUGAGGAGCUGUGGGCUAGCCGGGGUUCUGGGAACUGGGGUGUGUAUCGCUCCCCCAGCUUUGGAGCCGGGGAAGGGCUCGUCAGGCCCCAGGUGCGAAGCCGCACCAAGGGACCUGUGGGCACCAUGAGGGUAUCGAGGGAUGGCGGAUUGGACCUAGACAAGAGCCGGCAACGGAAGUCCCUGUCGAAUCCAGAUAUUGCCUCGGAGACCCUGACGCUACUCAGUUUUCUACGUUCAGACCUUUCAGAGCUGAGGAUCCGAAAGCCUGGUGGGCGACCUGGAGACCUUGGAAGUGGCCCGGUAGAUGGCAGAGAUUCACCAUCAGCAGAUAGCUCGGUGGGGCAACUUGGGCCCAUGCCUGCCCCAGCCCCAGCAUCAUCUGGCACCCGCCCCACACUGAAGGACUUGACAGCCACCCUCCGAAGGGCAAAGUCCUUUACCUGCUCUGAGAAGCCCAUGGCCCGCCGCCUAUCCCGCACUGGUGUCCUGAAGCCCAGCUCCUCUGAACUCCUGCUGGCAGGCCCAGGUGCCGAGGAGGAUCCACUGCCCCUCGUCGUCCAGGAUCAGUAUGUUCAAGAGGCCCGUCAGGUUUUUGAGAAGAUCCAGCGCAUGGGUGCCCAGCAGGAUGAUGGCAAUGAUGUCCCCUCUGGGAGUCCUGACUGGGCAGGAGACAUGACCGGAGGGCAGCGGUCUCAAGAAGAACUCUCCGGCCCUGAGUCGAGUCUAACAGAUGAGGGCAUUGGAGCGGACCCUGAGCCUUCUGUUUCAGCAUUUUGCAGCCUGGGUCCCACAGGAGUUUGGCGACCCCUCUCCUCAUCCUCAGCCCAGACCAACCACCAUGGCCCUGGGGCUGAAGAGAGUCUGGGAGGGUGGGCCCUGGUGUCCCCUGAUACCCCUCCCACACCUGGUGCCCUCCGCCGCAGACGCAAAAUCCCACCUUCAGGCCCUGGUGGGACUGAACUGAGCAAUGGGGAGGCAGGUGAGGCCUACCGGUCUCUGAGUGACCCAAUUCCACAGCGCCACCGGGCCGCCGCCUCUGAGGAGCCCUCUGGGUUCUCUGUGGAUAGCAACCUCCUGGGUUCACUGAGCCCCAAGACAGGGCUUCCGACAGCCCUAGCUAUGGAUGAGGGCUUGACCAGUGGCCACAGUGACUGGUCUGUAGGCAGUGAAGAGAGCAAGGGAUACCCCGAGGUUAUUCAGAGCAUUGUUCAGGGGCCAGGUGCCUUAGGGUAUGUGGUGGAUGACAGGGUUGCUGGCAAAGCCCCCAAGAAGAAAUCUCUGAGUGACCCCAGCCGCCGUGGGGAGCUGGCUGGGCCUGGAUUCGAGGGUCCUGGAGGGGAGCCCAUCAGAGAGGUCGAGCCCAUGUUGCCUCCGUCCAGCAGCGAGCCCAUCCUGGCUGAGCGGCGGGCAGAACCAGAAGAGCCCAGUCCUGCCAGGGGCCGGGCACAGUCUGAGAGGGCCCUACCUGAGGCCCCACAUGCUUCUUCCACUGCCCACCAUGAUUUCCACCUUGACCCGAAACUUGCUAACAUUCUGUCCCCACGGCUCAUUCGCCGUGGUUCCAAGAAGCGCCCAGCCCGGAGCAGUCAUCAGGAGCUCUCAAGAGAGGAGGGCAAUCAGGACCAGGCUGGCAGCCUGUCUCUGGCCCGACCCUCCUCCAAACACAUUCGCCAUGCUAGUGUGCCUGCCACCUUCACACCCAUCGUGGUGCCUGAGACCCCGACUUCCGUUGGCCCCGCUGUGGCUGUGCCAGAGCCCAUGGGCUUCCCUGCCAAAGCCCACCCCACGAUGCAGGCACCAUCUCUUGAGGACGUCACUAAGCAGUACAUGCUGACCCUCCACUCCAGUGGGGUCCCUGCCCCAGUGCCUGUGGAUAUGCCCUGCCUGACUCCCACCGCACCACCGACUGCGGAGGUCAAGCCCCCUGAGGCAGCCCGGGCUCCAGAUGAGCCUGCCCCAGCCAGCAAGUGCUGCAGCAAGCCACAAGUGGAUAUGCGGAAACACGUGACCAUGACCCUGCUGGACACAGAGCAGUCGUAUGUGGAGUCACUGCGCACUCUGAUGCAGGGCUAUAUGCAGCCACUGAAGCAGCCGGAGAACUCCUUGCUCUGUGACCCGUCACUGGUGGAUGAGAUUUUCGACCAGAUCCCGGAGCUCUUGGAGCACCACGAGCAGUUCCUGGAGCAGGUGCGGCACUGUGUGCAGAACUGGCACGCGCAGCAGAAGGUGGGAGACCUGCUUGUCCAGUCGUUCUCCAAGGAUGUCCUGGUCAACAUCUACUCUGCCUACAUCGAUAACUUUCUCAAUGCGAAGGAUGCCGUGCGUGUGGCUAAGGAGGCGAGGCCUGCCUUUCUCAAGUUCCUGGAGCAAAGCAUGCGUGAGAACAAGGAGAAGCAGGCACUGUCCGACCUCAUGAUCAAGCCUGUGCAGCGGAUUCCACGCUACGAGCUUCUGGUGAAGGACCUCCUGAAGCAUACGCCUGAGGACCACCCGGACUACCCUCUCCUGCUGGACGCGCAGCGGAACAUCAAGCAGGUGGCCGAGCGCAUCAACAAGGGUGUCCGAAGUGCCGAGGAAGCAGAGCGGCACGCCCGAGUGCUGCAGGAGAUUGAGGCCCACAUCGAGGGCAUGGAGGAUCUCCAGGCCCCUCUGCGGCGGUUCCUGAGGCAGGAGAUGGUCAUUGAAGUGAAGGCAGUCGGUGGCAAGAAGGACCGGUCCCUCUUCCUGUUCACGGACCUCAUCGUCUGCACCACCCUGAAGCGGAAGUCGGGCUCCCUGCGGCGCAGCUCCAUGAGCCUGUACACGGCAGCCAGCGUCAUCGACACGGCUAGCAAGUACAAGCUGCUGUGGAAGCUGCCGCUGGACGACGCGGACAUCAUCAAAGGGGCAUCUCAAGCUGCCAAUCGAGAGAACAUCCAGAAGGCGAUCAGCCGCUUGGACGAGGACCUGACCACCCUGGGCCAGAUGAGCAAGCUCUCGGAGAGCCUCGGUUUCCCCCACCAGAGCCUGGAUGACGCGCUGCGGGACCUCUCAGCUGCCAUGCACCGGGACUUGUCGGAGAAGCAGGCCCUGUGCUACGCCCUCUCCUUCCCUCCUACCAAGCUGGAGCUGUGCACCACGAGGCCCGAGGGCACCGACUCCUUCAUUUUCGACUUCCCCCACCCUGAUGCCCGCCUUGGCUUCGAGCAGGCCUUUGAUGAGGCCAAGAGGAAACUGGCCUCCAGCAAAAGCUGUCUAGACCCUGAAUUCCUGAAGGCCAUCCCCAUCAUGAAAACCCGCAGUGGCAUGCAGUUCUCGUGCGCAGCCCCGACCCUGAGCAGCUGCCCCGAGCCCACCCCCGAGGUGUGGGUGUGCAACAGCGACGGCUACGUGGGCCAGGUGUGUCUGCUGAGCCUGCGCGCUGAGCCCGAUGUGGAGGCCUGCAUCGCAGUCUGCUCCGCUCGCAUCCUCUGCAUCGGGGCGGUGCCAGGUCUGCAGCGCUGUUGCCACCGGGAACAGACUGCGUCGCUGAGAAACCCCCCAGAGACGGCACCCGAGCCUACCGGGCCAGACCUGGACGUCGAGGCGGCGGACGAGGAAGCAGCGACGGUGGCUGAGCCAGGGCCCCAGCCAUGCCUGCACAUCUCCAUAGCGGGCUCAGGCCUGGAGAUGACGCCAGGCCCCGCCGAGGGUGACCCCCGCCCGGAGCUAGUGCCCUUUGACAGCGACUCGGAUGAUGAGUCUUCGCCCAGCCCCUCGGGGACCCUGCAGAGCCAGGCCAGCCGGUCCACCAUCUCCUCUAGCUUUGGCAAUGAGGAGACCCCGAGCUCCAAGGAGGCCACAGCAGAGACCACCAGUUCAGAGGAGGAACAGGAGCCUGGCUUCCUGCCACUGUCUGGCUCCUUCGGGCCUGGCGGUCCCUGCGGCACCAGUCCCAUGGAUGGGAGAGCCCUUCGUCGGUCCAGUCGUGGCUCCUUCACCCGCGGCAGCCUGGAGGACCUGCUGAGCGUUGACCCUGAGGCCUACCAGAGUUCCGUGUGGCUGGGCACCGAGGAUGGCUGUGUCCACGUGUACCAGUCCUCUGACAGCAUCCGCGAUCGCAGGAACAGCUUGAAGCUCCAGCACUCGGCCUCUGUGACCUGCAUUCUGUAUCUGAAUAACCAGGUGUUUGUGUCUUUGGCCAAUGGAGAGCUCGUAGUCUACCAAAGAGAAGCAGGCCGUUUCUGGGACCCCCAUAACUUCAAAUCGGUGACCCUGGGUGCUCAGGGGAGCCCCAUCACCAAGAUGGUGUCUGUGGGUGGGCGGCUUUGGUGUGGCUGCCAGAACCGAGUCCUUGUCCUGAGCCCUGACACGCUGCAGCUGGAGCACACGUUCUCCGUGGGGCAGGAUUCCAGUCGCAGCGUGGCUUGCAUGGUGGACUCCAGCCUGGGCGUGUGGGUGACAUUGAAAGGUAGUGCCCAUGUGUGUCUCUACCAUCCAGACACGUUUGAGCAGCUGGCAGAGGUAGAUGUCACACCUCCUGUGCACAGGAUGCUGGCAGGCUCAGACGCCAUCAUCCGGCAGCACAAGGCUGCCUGCCUGAGGAUCACAGCGCUGCUGGUGUGUGAAGAGCUGCUGUGGGUGGGCACCAGUGCCGGCGUGGUGCUCACCAUGCCCACCUCACCCAGCACCAUCAGCUGUCCACGGGCGCCUCUCAGCCCUGCUGGCCUUGGCCAGGGGCACACUGGCCAUGUCCGCUUCUUGGCUGCAGUCCAACUUCCAGACGGCUUCAGCCUGCUCUGCCCAACUCCACCACCUCCCCCAGAUGCAGGCCCCGAGAAGCUGCCCUCACUGGAGCAUCGGGACUCCCCUCGGCACCGAGGCCCUGCCUCGGCCAGGCCUAAAAUGCUGGUGAUCAGUGGAGGCGAUGGCUACGAGGACUUCCGACUUAGCAGUGGGGGCGGCGGCAGCAGUGAGACCGUGGGCCGAGACGACAGCACAAACCACCUCCUCCUAUGGAGGGUGUGACCCUGUCCACCGUGGCCCAGGACUCGCCCACCCACCCGCCCUCCGCCUGCUUGCCUCUUCCAAGCCCACCGGCAGACCCUCACACGAGUGUCUCACCGGGGCACACCCGUGCCUGCACAGACUGCCUCCCAUCCUUGUGGAAGCAUUGCCAAUGGAGCACCUGCUGGCCAGCGGGGUCUAGGCCUUUCCCAGCCCUCUGGCUGCUCCGGUGCACCCAGUCAUGAUGGGAGGGUGGAGAGGGGGCAUGUGGGCUGCCCAGGACCUCUGUCCCUGGAGCUUCUACCAAAGACACGGCCGGGCCUGGACCCCACAGGGCUGGGGAGGGCCAUGUGCAAUAUUUGGAGGGUUUUCCUGGGGACAGUGGGAGGGCUGGGGGAUGGAAUCCUUUCCCGUGUACAGUAUUUAUGUUUCUUUUUAGAUGUGUACCUUCCCAAGCACUUAUUUAUGCAAUGACCUGGGGCAGGGAGUGAUUGGAGAAAAUAACAGAAGAGGGAAAAAAAACCCUGCCCUGGGAGUCACCCUGGGACCCCAACCAGCCUUCCUGGAGGGACCGGUCCCCCUCAUUAUGUACGCACACACACACUGCAUGUUUGGGGCACUGAAACACUGCCCCUUAACAUAAACUUUCCACGGCCUUGUCCUGACUGGGUUGCCCUCCAGUAUCCAGAGCAAAGGACCAAGUCCCCUCAGUCAUCCAGAACAAAGCGAUGACCGGGGGGGUGGGCAGUGACUCCCAUCCGGGGGGCUUCCCCAGGCUCGGCGUUUCCUUGCUUGUUGGCAGUGCCUUUAGCGGUUUCCGAAUGUGGGAACCCUGUCGGGGCCUCGUCCAGGGCCCUCUCCUGGCCUGAGCAGGGAAGGGGCCCUCGCUGUCUGCACAUUGCCCCCCAGCCCCUGUGUCUCAUGCACUGGCACACAUGGUCACCGCAGAGGGUGGGCCUAGAGGCCCCUCACUCUGACCACUGACUCCCUCUCUCCACAUCCUCCCCUGGCAGCGGCAGCCCUUCCAAGGACACCCAAAGCUGAGGGGCCACACAUGGCCUCCCUGGCUGGGAAGGCCACUCUGGAGACUAGCUUCCUCUGCCCCCACCCCCCCACCCCCAAACCGCAGAAGCCAGUCUGACCCCAGCCCCACGCUUCUUCAGCUGCAGCUCCAAAGGUCUGGUGUCAGAUGGGGUUUGUUUGGUUCUGUUUUUGUUUGGGGUGGGUGGGUCAUUGCGGUCUUAGAUUAUGUUUUUCUUGCUACCAAACAGUCAUGUAUUAACUUUCCUUGGAUGAUGAAGUUUAAAGAGUCAAUAAAUAGAAACACCAAACAACUGGUCCCCAUCGGCAGCCACAGAGGCCUCCUGCCAGCAACCUCCGAGCUCCCCAGCUGCGUGGGCUCCCCGACAACUACCCACUUGGACAGACAGAGUAGGACUCAGAGACCCAGAAGAGUGCUGCAGUGGCAAGGCGGCCACUGACGUGCUGUGUUAUCUCAGGCAGGUCACUGUGUCUCUGUGGGCUGCAGCUUCCGCAUCAGGAAAACCAGGAGUUCUGCUAGUCAGAUGCUUUAUAACCAGGGUGCAUUUUAGAGUCCCUUACAGGUUAACAUUGUAAAUACAAAGCAUGAUACAUAAAUUAUGUGUAUGUAAAUACACAUUCCCAGGCUCCCCCAGCUCCUGAGUCAGUAGGCCUGGGAUAAAGCUUGGGAAUCUGAAGCUGACACAUGCUACAAGGAAAAACUAGGCAAAUGUGAGCCUGUCUACAGCUCCUACAAGAAUUGGUGCUCUCCAGCAAAGCCUCAGGAGGCUCAGAAUCUGACAGGCCACGGUGAGCAGGGGAGAUUCCAAGUCGCUGUGAUUUCUGGUCAUUAAAUCAGACAUGAGAAUGCAAAGGCUGACUACACAGGACUGUUCCUCGCAGGGGCACAGAGCCCUUUCCACCAGGGCGCACCAGCAAGACGUAAGGUGAUGACUUCUAGAAAAAGAACAAAUCAGGCUUCAGCUCUCUUGAACACACGUUUGAACAUUUUCCAACCCAAACAAUUAAGACUUUACAGAAAUCAUUUGCUAAAGAGGCGUGCAGGCUCACACUUGGCACACUGGUAUUCACGUAUCUGAGUUCUGCCAAGCCCUUGAUGCCAUGGGACAGACAUGAAACAUCUGGCAGCAUCACUACUGGGAAGAUCUGGAGGAGAGGGGAACAGAAAACAGAUACAUCACAGAGUAGAAGGCUACAUUCACAUGGAAUUUGAUGAAAUGGCAUAGAAGGAGCACAGGUUUUGAAGCUGAACAGAAACUUAGACUUUGCCACUAAUUGGCUAUGCAGCUUUGGAUGAGUUGUAUUCCCUCUGAGCCUCCAUCUCAUCAUCUGAAAAUUGGGGUUGAUAAUCCUUUCCCCCACAGGACUGUUGGUUGGUGUGCACAGAUCUUUGGAUUGCAAGGAAGAGAUUUGUUCUGCCCAGAAAUAAAGGGGGCGCUGACUAGUGGAAACGUGAACUAGAAUCAAAUAGCUGUUAGCACAGUGGCCCAUGUACUGCUGCCCCAUCUUAAGACCCCUGGACUCUCCACCUUGAGUGUCUGAUUCCUGCCUCACCACCAGCCAGCUGCCAUUUUCUGCUUCACAACUUCUGCUGCCUGAGGCCCUCUUCUGCCUCUGGACAGACUUCACUUUCAGCACUGGUUAUCCAAGGCCAGAUCCUCAGCAUUUUCCCUAAUAAGCCUCAGUAGGAAUGGGCCCGGCCCAGCCCGCUGCUCCUUAGAAGGCCACAUCCCAGGACACCGGGCAGCCUGUGGAGAGAUGAGCAGCCCUGAGCAGGUCAGCUGUGGGCAGGGCGGUCCUGGGAUGCACGAUCGAUCGCUAGGCACCCGGCCUAGGGGAGAACCUAGAAGGAUCAGCUCCUCCAAAGCAGUGGUUCUCAAUCUUGCCUGCACAUUGUAAUCACCUGGGGGGUCCAGGUCACAUUCCAGACCAAUUAGAUCAGAAUUCUGAGGGUGGGACUGACCCAAGUGUCAGUCAUAUUUGUAGGAAAACUUUUAAGUGAAGUAUAACAUUUGUACAGAAUGGUACUCAAGUCAUUAGUGGGCUGCUAGAUAAGUUUAUUAAUAAACACACCCAGAUUAAGAAACCGAACAUUCCACCACUUGAAAGCUCCCACGUACCCCCACCUACUCUCCCCUUCUAGGGUAACUACCAUGCUGGCUUCUGACACUGUGGUUUAGUUCUGCUAGUGAGGCGGAGAACCACUGUUUUAAAGGGCACAGCCAGGGACUUCCCUAGCAGUCUAGUGGUUGGGACUCUGCACUGCCACUGCCGUGGGCCCAGGUUUGAUCCCUGGGUGGGGAAGAUCCCACAAGCCAUGCCACUGGGGUGGAGGUAGUGGGACUCGGGUUUGAUGUGAGGAGUGAAGGAACAGCUUGAGUCAAUGCAAAGAAGGGUCAGGAAACCUGGAGCAAGAGGUCUGAGGUGUAGGCCCAGCUGGAGCAGUGGGGAAAGAGGAAAAGGCCAGGGAAGCCAGAAUGUGAGCUCUGCAAGGGGGAUGUUUGCUCACUGCCCCAUCCCCAGGCCACCUGCAGUGCCUGACACAAAGUACGUGCUCAAUAAAUGUUUAGUUAAAUCUAGAGAA